AUGAAUUUCAAUAAUCAACGAGAUAAAGUUGUAAUUCCAGGAAAUUUGUCGGUUGAAUGUUUUGAACAAGUAUUGAUUCAUUUUAAAAAUGAUCCCGCAACACUUUUUAAAUGUUUAUUGGUUAACAGACUCUGGUGUCGUCUUUCAGUACCUUUAUUAUGGAGUCACCCUUUUGAAUAUCAUGGAUUUGGAGAAUUUGCGGCAAAUAUAAUUCAAAUUUAUAUCGCAUGUCUGCCAGAAGAUAAAAGACAAAUUUUGAUUGAUGAAAGCUUGCCAGUUCCUGAAACCAAAUCGCCACUUUUUAAUUAUCCGAAUUAUUUACAAAGUUUUGAAUCUGCUCAUUUCACAGGUGCUAUUAUGUCAUGGCUUUCUAUUAGGGUUAAACCUUUCCUCGAAGAACAAGAUAUUAAUACAUAUACCAACUUUGUUCAAACGAUCCUUGGAAAUCUUUUAUUUAAUAGUAGCAGAGGGAUAACUGAUUUAGACAUCGUGCACUUUGAUGAAGAUGACGAUUCACUUAUCAAGGACAUUAUAUCAUUUGAAAAAGCGAAUCAAACUUUAUCUAAGCUUGAAAAAUUUCAAUUUGAUUAUUCGGGAUGGUCUGAACAAGAAGAUAAAUCGUCUGAAAUCAUUUCAAAUCUUUUUUAUUUUAUGACCAAAUGCUCUCAUAACAUUCAACAUAUCUAUGUAAACAUCACAAAUAUCUCUGAUCAAGAUUUGGACCUUCAUCAAAUUGCGACAAGUAUCUCAGAAUUAAUUCAAUCCCAAAAUAAUUUACGUGAUCUCGUAAUGUUAGAAUUCUGGUCCCCUACAGCUUCAGCAACAAUUUUUAACGCAUUACCAGUUCAAGCACAUUCUUUAACAUUUUUAAGACUUCAUGACCUACAUCAGUAUCAAUAUCUUUUAUUAUUACCAAUCCUACCAAUUCUAACAAAAUUAGAAACCUUACAAUUUAUUAGUUUUCAACCUAUUUAUGAAGAACCAGAACCUAUCAAGUAUAUAGAACUACAACCUAUUCACCUUAAGCAUCUACAUUAUCAAGAAGAAAGAUCAAGGGUGGAAGGAUCAGCGCUUUUAGAACCAAUCCUUCGAAUGGCAAAUAUGAACCUGAGGACGUUAUCGUUGGUUUCUGUCACACCUGAAACCAUCGAGAUAAUUGGACAAAAUUGUCCUAAUCUUACACAUUUAUCUUUAUCGUUAACAACAUCGGAAAUCCCUGUUUCAUUAUUUGGUUUAUUAACAUCAACAAAAUAUCUUCGACAUUUUUCCAUUUACAUUUAUUCAUCGGAAUUCCCAUUUGCCACAACUGAGAAUUUACAACAGUUCGCAAUAUCAUUUCCAAAAUCCCUUUUAUACUUUGGAUUCUAUUUGUCAAUUACUCCAUAUAUUUUGGAUUUCUUUUUAAAAGCAUGUCCAGCCGCAUUUCAGGCUUUAGCCGUGUAUAGACCAGAAAUUAUAGAUGAAAAUUUAUUACAGAUUCUGAUAAAUUAUGCCAAUGAGAGACAAUCUUUAAAAAAAUUAUAUUUGGAUGAUUUUUAUUCAUUUGAGGGAAGAGCCAUAACUGCUGCUUUAAAAGAAGCAAAAAAGGUUAUACCUUUUAUUCAAAAUACGAUUAGUUCCAAUCAACCAUAUUCUGGUCCUGUAAUGGAUAAUCCAAGAGAUGAGGAUUUGUGGGAUUAUGAUAAUAUAAAACUCUAA